AUGCGGGCAGGGGCCGGGGCGGCAGCGGCGGCUGCCGCGGGGGGCCUGGGGGCGGCGGCGGCCGCCGCGGCGAAGCUGGCGCUGGGCCCGGGCGGAGAGGCUGCCGGCGGCUCGCUGCCAGCGUUGCUUCGCCUCAGCUGUGUUGGCCUGGUGUUUGUGUGCAAUGCAGUGAUGUGGACAGUCUUCACAAAAGCCUUACGACUCUCCUCCUCCUCAGCUGCUGCCUCUGUGACAACAACAGCCUCCAACUUCAUCUUUUCGGCUGUCCUGGGAAGAUUGCUCUUCGGGGAGACAUGGACACCUCUGUGGUGGGUCGGCCUUGCCAUGACAGUCUGCGGGCUCAUGCUGCUGCACACGGCUGCGCCCCAGCUGGUGCCAGUCCCAGCGGAGAAGAAGGAAUGAUAGCUGCUGCAGGGGCCACGGUGCCAUGCUGCCUCUCUCCAGCCUGUCUCAUGACAGCAUCCCCAGUCCCCACCGGCCUCUCAACACGUCGGCCACCGAGGUGCUAACCCCUGCUCAGUGCUCAUCUGCUGACUUGCAAAAUCACAUUGGUCACAUCUUUCCUGGUGGUGGUAUGGUGGCAGUGACAGCUCGGAGGGAGCUGGUCAACUCUGAGUCAGUAUUGUGAAAAUCAGGGCCAGAGGCUUAUCAGCCACUCCUCCUCUUCGCACCCUGUGGCUGUGGAGCUUUCCUAGUUAGGGGAAUGCUGAAAGUAAAUAUAGUGGCUGUGGAAGGUGCUUGUACAUCAGUAUUUUUCCAUGAAAGGACCUAUCCCAAAAUAGAAGAGCAAUCAGAAUUAGAUGCUGAAGGCAGCUGUUAUUUCUGCUCUGCUGUUCCUGACUUUUUGUCUCUUGAAAUGGUUCUAUGCCCACUGCUACCUAUAAGGCUGUAGAGACUUUCAUUAAUUCCUUCAGCUUCCUCUAUCAGUCACAUACACCCUUGAACUUGGCAUUUGUAUCUGACUUCUAGAAUUUUCACUUACCCAUUCCUGACAUGUUAGUCACUGUAAGGUUGCUGCUCUUUCCUUUAAACCCUUACCCAGAAUAGGGUUUUGAUCACCAUUCCUGCUUUGUGUAGGUUAAACUAAUUUUGGGACAGUUCAACAGGCAACCUGCUUCCACUUGGAGUGUCCAUGUUCAAUACAUCCCUCAUCCCCACUCAAGUUGAAAAUUGCUUUAAUGUUUGGUAAAAGGAAGUUUCUCAAGUUUCUCAUGUUUUUUCUACACUUCUGGAUGAUGCUUAUUCCCAUUGAUGUAAUGUGAUCAACCAGAUCACUGGUAUCUGCUAAAUUUUGCAUCAGUGAUUACUCCACGUGUCAGUUUGGUGAAUGUGUCAUGAAUCAUCAUUUGUAAGGUACUGACCUAAUUCCCCUUCCCCCUUCUUUUUUUUCUUCCUUGGAAAUUCUUCAGUUGGAAUUAACAAAUAUAAUCAUGCCUAUAAAUGUAUGCAUCAUGGUGGUGAUAUUGCUUGCUUGCUCUGGGCUUGCCAGGUUGUCUCUGUCAUCUUGUAAUGACAGAAGGUGAGUCACGGUUGUGGCAUGUGCAGAAAACCUAAGGAACUGUGAGCAUCUGUAUCUGAACCUGUCAGGUCUGUCAUGACUGGCAGAUCUGUGCUGUGUCAAGUGGGUAAAAUAGACUUGGAUGGAAAUGCCA